AUGUCCAAUAACGGUGCUCCAGACUCUUGGGAAAGUCAAGCUGAUGUUAUCGGUGAACAAGGUGCAAAAGAUUCCAAUGAUGUGUCUACAAAAUUUUCCACGUUGAACGUUAAUGCCGUGGAGUUCGUGCCUUCUUUUUGUAAGCCCUCUCAGGCUAGCGACAAUUCCGAAUCCCCCACUUCACCAGAGAAGUCUGAAAGCGUUUCGUCAAAUUCCGCUGGAAGCCCCGUCUUAAACGGAUGUGGCGACGGAGGCGGAGAAAGCGGCGAUGGAAGAGCAGCAUCUGCAUCUCCUCGGGUGGAGGAGCCGCCUCCUGUUCCACCUGCUGGGGCACUGCCCGUGUCGUCUGAUAUCUCACCCACUGCAGACAGCUGGGAGGCAGAAGUGGAUGAUGCAUUGCUCACUCCUGAUGAAAAUGUUGAGGCUGAAGAAGAGGAGUUAGAGCAACAAGUAGGAAAUCCAAACGCUCAAGAAAUUGAGGAUGGUGAGACCGCAAAGAAAAUACCCAAGAAAAAGCCACCCAGAGUGGAAGAUACUCGAAGUAAGAAAGAACAUGUAAAUGUUGUUUUUAUUGGACAUGUGGAUGCUGGAAAGUCUACUAUUGGUGGUCAAAUUAUGUCCCUAACGGGAAUGGUCGACAAAAGAACUUUAGAAAAAUAUGAAAGAGAAGCUCGAGAAAAGUCAAGAGAGUCAUGGUACUUAUCAUGGGCACUUGAUACUAAUCAAGAAGAACGUGACAAAGGUAAAACUGUCGAAGUUGGAAGAGCAUAUUUUGAGACUGAAAAGAAGCAUUUUACAAUUCUUGAUGCCCCAGGACACAAAAGUUUUGUACCUAAUAUGAUAGGCGGAGCGGCGCAAGCAGACCUCGCCGUAUUGGUUAUAUCAGCUCGUAAAGGUGAGUUCGAAACAGGAUUCGACAGAGGGGGGCAGACGAGAGAGCAUGCCAUGUUAGCAAAAACAGCUGGUGUGAAACAUCUUGUUGCCCUUGUGAACAAGAUGGAUGAUCCAACUGUCAACUGGGAUGAGAAAAGGUACAAUGAAUGUCGAGACAAAAUAAUGCCUUACCUCAAAAAGCUUGGCUUUAACCCUGCCAAGGAUUUAUCUUUCCUGCCAGUCUCAGGACAAACUGGACAAGGAUUAUUAGAAAAAGUUACUGAAGAAAUCUGUCCGUGGUAUCGCGGUCCAUCGUUUAUUCAACUAAUAGACGAGCUGCCGUCUCUGAACCGCAAGAUGGACGGUCCGUUCAUAAUGCCAGUUGUUGACAAAUACAAGGACAUGGGCACUGUGUUAAUGGGGAAAGUGGAGGCGGGCACUACGCGCAAGUCAAGCACCUUACUACUUAUGCCUAACAGGGUUCAAGUUACAGUGGAUCAAUUGUGGUCUGACGACAUUGAAGUGACAUCUAUCGGUCCUGGCGAAAAUGUAAAAGUGAAACUCAAAGGAAUAGAGGAGGAAGAUGUGUCGCCAGGUUUUGUGCUAUGUGACGUUGCCGAGCCAAUCACAACUGGACGAAUUUUCGACGCUCAACUGGUAAUUUUGGAGCACAAGUCCAUUAUAUGUGCAGGGUAUUCUGCAGUUAUGCACAUUCAUUGUGCGGCAGAGGAAGUUACUGUCAAGGCACUUAUUUGUCUAGUAGACAAGAAAACUGGGGAUAAAUCAAAAACGCGACCGCGCUUUGUGAAGCAGGACCAAGUCGCUAUCAUGAGGAUAGAAUGCGCCGGAGUCAUCUGUUUAGAACCGUUCAAAAAGUUUGCUCAAAUGGGCAGAUUCACAUUAAGAGACGAGAAUAAAACUAUCGCAAUCGGCAAAGUCCUGAAAGUGAUUGAGUAAAUUGGCACUACUUGUAAUUAUUUAGCUAGGUUAUAGAUUUACAUAUAUCUCUCAUAUGUAUAAUCUUAUAUUUUGAUCUGUAACCAUUUUCUAAACUGUUUGCUUUGCCAGAAUAAUAACUAGCAGAAACACAUGUUUUGCAUAUUAAUAAAUGUUUGCAUGCAAAAAACGAACUUACUGGCAGGUUUAUUUAUGUUAUGAUUUGUGUCUUUUAAUUAACAAUAUUUUUCUCAACCAUUAUUAAAAGUUUGAAAUUGCCGUUCGGGUUAUGUUAUCUAAGUUAUUUUUUAAAUUUUAUUACAUUUUUACUGUUGGUAGGUCUCUCAUAUGUGAGAACUCCGCCUAAUUAGGUACCACCGCAAUGUCUAUUUCUGCCGCUAAGCAGCAGUGUAUAGUCACUGCUGUGUUCCGGUUUUAAGAACAUUCUAGCCAGUGUAACUACUGGACAUAAUAAAACUUUGUCUCAAGAUGGCGAGCGCAGUGGAAUACCAAACAAUACUUUGUUAUUCAAUUUGUUGGAUGGUGUUUCUACUGUUUAUCGGCGGUUGUAUCGCUUACCAUCAGGCGAACGGCAAGCUCGUCUCGUCAUUCAAAGCAAUAAAAAAAAUCUAAUUUAGGAAUGGUCCGCUGGUAGAUCUGUUUUUUGCUUGCAAAUUGCUUUAUAAGGCUAAAUGUGCACUACAUGUUGUUGACCGCAUCGCAACAAAGUGAUGCCACAGAAUGACGCGCAGCAAUGUUGUAACAUAAAUUUCUAUGACCGUAUGGCGCGCAUAUAACAUUUAAGUCACUUUAGCGGCAGUCUGGAACAAGUAAUAUUUUUUUGCGGUGCGGAAUUUGUUAUUUUGACAAGCUUAAAAGUACAAGUCCGAAACGAGUCGCAGACUGCAGCGGCAGGCUGCAAGCGGCACUACUGGUUUCUAUGAAUUUCCAUGAAAAUGAUUCUGAGCACCGCGACAGUUGUGGUGUGCGUCCACUGCACCAGUAGUGACGCGGGCCGCAAGGUGCUCGUACUAAUUUUAUUCGAAUCGAAUAAUACGGCAAUUAGACUUUCGAAAUAAAGUUUUUAUUUAUUUCGAAAGUCAUUAAAUAAAAUAUCUGUUUGGAAUCGGUUAAAAUAAUGCGUCUAAAUUAAAAUUAAGCGAUUUGUAAAUAUAAUUUUUCGAAAUAUCACAUCCACUCAGUUCAGUUAAAUUGCUAAUAUAUUUGACGUAAUGGGAAAACCUAUGAAAAGUCCGAGACCGGAUGCCAGAUUAUGUGCGACUUGCACGACAUCUCGGAAACGAAAAGGCCGAGGCCGGCCGCAACAAUGCGAUCGACUGCAGCCCCAAGCUGUAGUGCAGCCCACCUACGACUUACCUCAGACUUGUACUUUAAUAUAUUGAGCUUUGACUGCGCGCAAUAGAACUGCGUUUGCUUGUAAUUAUAUAUAUAUUGUAUUACUGGAGUAGCAACGCUUAUUUUAAGAGCGCCUUUAAAUAACUUACCUCUAAAGUCGCGUGGCAAGGUAAAUUAAUAUAAAAAAUACAUGCCACUGCUGUAAAGCAGCCGCGCGGUACUUGGCGGCAAAUUGAAGACGCUCUUAGCUCUUUUACUUUCGCGUCGUUUGUAUUGUGACAAGUCUUAUGAAUUUACAAAGCGGCGCCGUUGCCACGCUGCAGGCGCGUGUUUAAUUUCAAGGCGCCUCAAGUGUGAACCCUGAUAUUAUGAUUUUUUUUUUUAUAUUGAAAUGCUUUGUACUGUAUUUGAGGACAGUUAUGUACUAGCUUUACCCGUGCCUCUGCCAUCUUAAAAUAUGUCCACAGUCUAUUAUAUCGGUGUAGACAUACCAAUUUUCAUGGCGAUCGGUUCAAUGGUAACAGUUAAUGCGCUCAGCGCUAUCUAGUCGCGAGUAAUAGUAAAAUGAACAGCACAAAAUAUUUUCGAUGAAAAUAGAUUGAAGAGUGCUUUUUCAUGGUUUUAAAGUUUAACCAUCUCUAAUAUAUCAACAUACACUUAUUAUUUAUAUGUACCUAUAAAUAAUUUCUAAAGAUUAUUGGCCGGAGGUUGCAGCUUAAAUCUCUUGUUAUUAAUGAUUACAAUAGGUACGGAAACACCAGCUACUCCUAUUAAUUUAAUUUAAAAUAAUAUUUGAAUACGCGAUCAUGCCCAAGCUUCAUAUAUCUCUUACGACUUCUGCACUAAGCAUCUUCAACACGCCAACAUCAUGUCAAUGUCAAACGGGCUACAGUAAUUCCCAACGCACACUCAUCUACCCGCGUCGCUCGAUGCGGUCGUCACGUCGUAACGCUCACUUUCAUUUUGACAUUCAUCAUCGAUAAUUAUUCCUGUUGCUUUAUAGUCGGUUUACUGCACCCUUCGUAAUAAUGACGAUUUGUAAUAACUUAAUCGAACUUAUGACAAAGAAGGCGGUAAAUAUAUUCUUCUUACUGCUAUUGUUGCUGAACAACUCUCCUUUAUUAUACCACGUUCAAUGUUCACGUUUCUAGUAUUAUAAUAUAUAUUUUUUUAAUGACAUGUUUGAUUCCAAUUGUUGGAAAACUAAAAUUAAUAGAAGGUAAAGGCAGACAGUAAAAUAUAUAUCAAACAUUAUAAUAUUAAACAAUUGUAAAUUCAAUACAUUUUUAUAAAUAAAAACUGGUGGUAUUUUAUUUUACUUGCUAACAACCUUGACACCUGGGCUGCGGUGUAAAUAUGGACAAAUCAGAACACCGCACAAAGGAAUGACUAUACAACUAGCAUAAAAAUUAGGUGCAAUUUAAUACGUACGCAAUGUACAUGUUAAUAUUUAGGUCAUUAAAACGGCUGUAUAUAUCUAUAUUACCAAAUUAAAACGAUAGCAGUAUGUUUAUUCACCAGCAACUGAUUAGUAUAAGAAAAUCAAAUAUCCACCCACUUCCAAAUAAUUCCAUGUUUAGGUGUUUCUGCCUUUCUAUGAAAACUCUGUAUAGUAUGAUAAACAGCUUAUUAUUUACGGUAGCACUUGCGACAUAAUUCUACCAUGGAAUUAUAGAAAAGCAAGGUAUUGCACUAAAUUUAAUAUAUUAUUUAUUUGAUAAAUAAUUUAAAUACAUUUCUGGAACUGGGUGGUGUAUGUACUAUAGUACAGUGACUAUACAUUUUAGACAUCCCCGGAAAUUGCGUACUUAUUGGUUUUAAUUUUAUGUGAGGCCUGGUAAUAACUCGUAGUGAGCUAGCUUAAAACAGUUAGAAAUGGUUACAGUAUCAAAACUUAUUAGACACAUCAAACUUCGCUUACCGUUAUCGCUGCAGAUGCUGUGCCCACACACUUGAAACGCUGCCAUUUUGAUGUUAUAUUUUUUCACCAUUAUGCAUACUUUUUAUAAAUCAAUUACAGUGUGGGCAAAGCACAUAAUAUAAAAUAUUGUAUUGCAACAGAAUGCCAUGAUAUUAUAUACUGUAAUGUGAAGUCAAAUUCUACAAUUUCUCGAAAUAAAGUUGCAGUUUAAAUUUUUGAUUUUACAUAUGAAAUCAAUCAAUUAAACUUGAGUCAAAAUAAUUUGUACAGAUUGGAAUACUCUGUACCAAAUUUUAUUUGGACGUGCUUAGUGCCUACGAAGGAACAUAAUCAAGAUAAAAAAAUAAAAUGUGGAAUUGUAGAAUACAUAAUAGUAUGGUAAUACGAAAAUUGGAAUGACUUACAUUGUUAGUCUUGUUUGUUUUUACAUCAAAUUCUUCUAUUUACAAGUGGUUUUGAUGGAUAAGACUUUCAUGUUGUUUAGGUUGAUCAUCUGCUAUAAUUAUUACACGAGAUAUUUAUUUGUUUUAUUUCUUUGCUUUUAACCAUGUAAAAUAAUCUAGAUGAUCAUCCUAACAGGUAUUUACUUUAGUGAUUAUAAUAUUUUCACAUAUUAUAUAAAUAUAGUAUUGUUUCCUAUUUUGAAAGCAAAAUUAUGUUUUAUUUGAUUAGCUUGCUUAUGGUACACUUUUUUAUGUUGUGGUUCAGUUCGGGCUGAACGUGUUGUGUACGUCAAUAUUAGUUUAUGGUCGCGUAUCUGUUUUUAAUGUUAAAUAUACUAUACUCUACAAUAUAUUUUCUUUUGUAUCGAGUAAUUAUAAUAGUUUAUAAUUAUUGCUUUUGGUUUCACAUCUGAGCGAAACUCAAGCGUGUGUUUUAUCGUAAGGAGUAUAGCAUUUUAUGUAUAAUGGAAGAUAAACUAAAAAUAUUACGUUGAGCUUCGCUCCAGUAAGCUAUGUUCUAAAAUAAUAUAUUAUUACCAGGGUACGAUCCGGUAUGGUCGUGGUUUGUACUGUUAGAUUGAGGGUAACACUUGAUAGUUCUUUACUUCUUGCUCAUGUAAAAACAUGCUGAGAGAGUACUUAUAGAGUGUUGUAUGAAAUGGUUAACAGCAUGUAAUUAAUUUUUAAAAAUUCAACUCAGCAUCUGGAACGUUACGAUAUUGUAUAUUAUGAUUUCCUAAUUUUCAGCUUUUUUAAAACUAGGGCCGGUUGUAUAAGAGUUUGUUUUUGUGUUUAUCGGCGGCGUACGCAGCCAUUGUCGGUAGUUCCAGGUGUGAUUGCACCUGGAACACCACGGGACUUCCAUCCCGACCGUGCAUUAUGAACAGGCUGCGACUAUAUUAUUUUAUUUAAAAUAAAAUUUUACGAAUACUAUUUUCCUAAUAUUUUUAGAGCAACCUUGCUAACACAAUAAUAUGUUUGUCACACAUGCCGCCGUUUAUGUACCAUUUUAAAUUAUUAGUAAAAGGUAUUUUUUGCUAGAAAAUAUUUGUUAUUGUUUUUAUUUUAUUUAGAUAAAUAAAAAUAGUUAACCAGUCGGUCCUAUUAAAUGCAAUAACUUGAAUGUAUUUACAGAACCCAAUGAAUAAUAAAAGAUUUAUUACGGAACAAUAUAAAUUUUAUAGAAUCAUAAAAAUAUAUGUAAGAAAUAAAUUGGUGUUCUAUUAACAACCUUCUUAUUAGUGGAGUGAAUAAAGCGCACAAAAUCA